AUGAUUGGUACAGUUAAUAUUGUAUUUGAUGCUGGCAUGGCUCAUUUAAUUUGUGGAGUCAUGGUUUUAUUGCUUAUAUUUAGUGCUCUUCCUGCAUUUGUGUUCAACAAAUUGAUGCAGAAGAGACGUAAUAACAAGGAACUUACUCUAACCCAGGACAAAGUGGAAAGGUUGCAGCAAGAGCUGGAGGCUGCCCGCAGGAGGAAUCACAAUCUUCAUGCAAUUAUUCGUAACAAAAUCAAGAAGGACACCGCUGGAUUGAUGACGAACGAAGAAGUUGAUAGAGAGGUCCGACACAUUCAGGAUCUCUUGGAUUUGGCAGACGAGACAGAUGUGAAGAUCCAGGAAGCCGAGAGUAAGGUUGAAGCUUUCGGCUCCGAAAACCAAAAACUGCGGAAGGAAAUUGAGGACAAUGAAAAAGCUUUGGCUGAUUAUCGAAAGGAAAAUGUAGAACUGAAGGAAUUGAACAUGGCACUGGAAAAAGACCUUUUCGAGAAUAAACGCCACAUUCAAGAUCUUGAAAACAUCAAUGUGGCGAAAGAAAAGGAGCUUUGCCAGAAGAAACGCCAGAUUCAAGGUCUGGAAGACAUUAAUAUGGCGAUGAAAACCCAGCUCAGUGAGAAGAAUCGCCAUAUUGAAUGUCUGGAAGGCAUGAAUGUGGCGAUGGAAAACGAGCUCAGCGAAGUGAAACGCCACAUUCAAGGUCUAGAAGUCGCUAACAGGGAGAAGGAGGAAACUCUCUGUGAGAAGGAGAGACAGAUUGAAGAUGUGAUAAAAAAGAACGCCCUGAAAGAACAACAGUUAGAAGACUACCGUAGGUUACUCGACGAGCUGCAGAAAGAGAUUGGGACACUGGAGUCCAAAGCACAAGAUUUUGAUGCGCUUGAGAGUCAAAACAGGAGAAAUGAACAAAAUCUCCUUGCCUGUGAACAGCAAAUUGAAAACCUCCAGAAGAAACUGGAGGAGAGGAACGAGGAAGUUAACAAGCUUGUCCAAUGUGAGAUGGAAGUUGAAAAUUUAAGAAAGGAAUUGGAGGACAGACAAAAGGAUCUGAGCAAGCUUGUCCAAUAUGAAAUGGAGGUUGAACAAUCAAGGAAGGAACUAGAGGACAGGCGUAAGGAUGUAAACAAGCUUGUCCAUUGCGAUCAGGAACUUGAACAGUUGAGGAAGGAACUGGAGGAUAAAGAGAAGCAUAUAAACAAGCUUGUCUCAUUUGAAGUGGAAUUUGAACGCCUCAGAAAAGAAUAUGAUGCAAAACAGGUGGCUCUGGUGGAAAUGGCUGGUCUCAUAGAAAGGGACGAGAAAAUUAUCUUUGACUUUCAGCGAAAAGUUGAAGAACUCAGAGGAGAAAUAAAAGACAAAAAUAAAGAGAGAGAUGGACACUUGACUUCAGAGGCAACGUUAGUUCAGAAUCUUGCCAAAUCUGAACUCUAUAUCAGUGAACUGACAACUGAAGUCGAGAUGCUAAGGAGUCAAAAAGCAGAACUUGUCAACCAACUGGAAGAAAAUAUGAACCAUCUUAAGAGUAAGCAGUGUCAGGUAUUGGAUCUCGAGCAGAAGCCGACUGAAGAUGCGGAGAGAUAUCAGGAGGAAAAAGACAAUAUAGAAAAAGUCAUAAAAGAGAAGGAAAAGGAAAUAGAGCAUUUCAAGCAAGAAAGAGAAGACAACUUGAAAGAAACACAAGAUCUUCGGAUACAAAUCGCUCUGAGGGAGGAAAAUCUCCAGGAAUGCCAACAGGAAAUAGAAGUCAUCAUAAAGGAAUUAGAAAAGAGGCAGAAGGACAUCGAGGAGCUUGUCUGUUGGAACUUGAGGAAAGAAGAAGAGCUAAAGAUGAAGGACUUCCAAAUCGAAAAGACUGAGAAAAUGGUGGAAGAGCUCCGCCAAUUGCAGUUUGAAAGGUCUCUGUUCCAGGAAAGGAUGAAUGUCUUCGAAAACAAGAUCUCCGAGCAGGUAAUAGAGAUUACCUGCCUAAGCGAGGAAGUUCAGCAGAAAAACAACUUGCUGGAGGAAGGCAUAGCCCAUUGGGACAGUCUCAACAAGAAGCUGGAAUGCGUCGAGAUGGAAAAUAACCAUCUGAAAAAGCUGGCCGCUGAGGCUAAGGAACGACAGAUAGCUGCAGAAGGAGCGCUCAAUGACCUUUUCAUAAAAAUUCAGAGGAAUGAGAACCUAAUUACUGAUAAACAGAGAGAAGUUGAUGAACUUCGAAGCAAAUUAGAAGAGAGAAACACUGAAGACGACAAGCUUGUUCAGUGUGAGAAGGAAGUAGAAGUUCUCAGGAAAGAACUAAAGAAGAAGGACUUGGAAAUCAAAAAGGGUAAGGAAGAGGCGAAACAACAUGCCAAACAAAUGGACAGAGUGGGAGGUCGCCUCCAGGAAAUGGUGGCUGCCUUCAACAAGAUCACCUAG